ACGAGCUGGGUGGUCAACUACGAGGUGAGCCACGACGUUCAGCUACGAGGCGUCCAACCAUGAUUCACUUUGAAACAACCUGUGGCGCAGAGUGAUAGUGCAACCCCGCCCGGUCAGAAAAGAGGCGACCAGUGACGAAGCCCGCUCAACUCCAGCCCAAUUGAACCAUUUAAUAGACUUUUGUCGGACAGGGCCCCUAAUUCCUGGGAGAAGGCCCUGGAGAUCCGGUCUUCAAUAGUGGCAAUUAGAGCCUUGUGACCUAGCACAGCUUCACUGUGACGCGACCCAGGCCGGUCAGCGAAGAGGUGACCAGCGACAGCCCACGGUGAGGCGACUAACUGCGGUCAGCCUUGAGGCGAGCUGGGGUGGUCAGCUGUGAGGCGAGCAACGGUGGUCAGCGGCUCUACGGGCGACCUAGCUGUUUUGAGAGGACCCACUCGCACCUCCAUUGUGGUUCUAAAAUCCCACACUGAGUGUUGUAAUCUGGCAGCAAUUGGAGAUCCGGCCACCCGCAGGGGAGAUCGUGGCGGUCAACGACACGGCGACCCGCGGCGGUCAUGGAUGAGGUGACCCGCGGGGGUCAGCGGCGAGGCGACCAGCAACGAUAGCCGGUGAGGCGACCCGUGAGACGAUCCACAGUGGAAUCCGGCAAGGUUCUCCAAAUCUACUGCUCCUCCUCUGAUCCUGGUAAACUGCGGUCAUCAACACAGCACCAAGCUUGAUCGAAACCCUACCCAUCCAAAGUCAGCGGUCUCGGAAAACCUUGAAUUUCUACAAUGAGGACGAAGAAUGCUUCUGUGUCUUCCUCCAAGAAUGGAAACGUUGAGUAUCAUGCGGAAGAGAGGAUGAAAGAGCACAGCGGUAGCCCAAAGCCCACACAAGGAAAACUCGAGGUUUCGGAGAUAAAGACGAAGGUAAAUUCAAAGGACUUUCCACAUAUGAAGCUGACUGUGAAGUCUUCACUGCAAGACUUCCAAAAAUUGAUGAAAGAAAAGUUGUGCGAUCAUAUGGAAAUCCUUGAAGUGUUUAGGAGAGAUUCUCCUUUUGGUGCUUUCCUUGAUGUCCAACUUGUUCCCCCUCCAGCCAUGUUAUGGCAGUUGAUGGUUAGGGAGGCUAAUGUGGAAGGAGCAAAAGGUUCUGAAAUGUGGUUUGUAGUAAAUGGAGUUCCCAUUANACGAAGGAGAGAUUCUCCUUUUGGUGCUUUCCUUGAUGUCCAACUUGUUCCCCCUCCAGCCAUGUUAUGGCAGUUGAUGGUUAGGGAGGCUAAUGUGGAAGGAGCAAAAGCUCCUGGAUACGAAGAGCAGUAUGAUAAGGAUUCACUGCCUGUUUUCGUUAAAGAAAACUGGUCAAAGGGUGUGGUAUGUUACACUUCAGUUGUCGAGAGGUUCUCAAAAUUGUGCCAGCUACUUGACGAUGAAGGGAAGAAAGAGUAUGCACUCCAGUGGAUAGUGAAGGUGGCGACAUUGAUGUUUGUUGUUCUCGUUUUAAUUGGUCAUGCUAAGAAAGAUGCCCCAGUUCCAAAAUGGAUCCUUUCCACUGUUGCAAACUCUGAUGAUUCCAUGUCUUUCCCAUGGGGGUCAUGGGCAUUCCUGGAGUCCCUCCGUAUCCAAUCUUUGGGGAAGGACUUAGUUUCAGAAAAAAAGAAGCUUGUCAAAGGCGGGAAAACAUCAAACACCCUCCGAUACACUGGCUUUUUUCUCCUCUGGAAAAAUAAUAUUUCAAAAAAGCCGUCGCACGAAGCCAUAAUCAAUGCACUAAACGCUGCCAAGAGUGUUAGGAGCAUUCUUCUUCCAGAAGGAAGUGAAAUACGUGCCCCUUGGAUCACCAGUCUGACCUCCUUGCCUUCUGUUUCCAAUCCAACUCUUGGAGAAUUCGAAGAAGAUGAGCCCAUUGUAGACAAUAUGGUCAAGCUCUCCAGUUUUGAAGGAAUUCCUGAAGAGAAAGAUGAAGAAGAGGUUGACCAAUUUAAAUUAAAGAAUAGGUGUCCACCAAUCCAGGAAGAAGAAGAGGAAAAGUUUGCAGUUGAGGGAGAGGCCAAUGAAGAUGAGAUGGCAAUGAGUGAUAAAAUUGUCCAUGAUGUUGUUGAAUUCUGCAAAUCAACUGAAAACAAUGUUGAUGAGUUGAGUCCGAUGGUGACAUCUUGAGAGAACUGACAGAUGUGGAUGAAGUCGCUACUGCACGGGGUGCACCCGUGUAAGUAAGACACAGGUUGAGAUGGCUUCUUCCUCGCGUCGUGUAAGGAAAUCUUUGCAAGAGUGGUCUUGCCGCAGGCCGCGGGAGUCAACUGAUUGCAUUGAAACCCUGGAGAGGAUGAUGUUGAUAUUGAAAGUUCAUUUGUUCAUAAACUGGAGGCGCACAAUGUUAUCCCCAAGGAGUCAUAUUUGGAGUUGCCAAGGUCUUUUUGCGCUGACAACGGAAUUUCUGAUGGGACAAUGAAAAUUAAGAUUUAUGGCCCGGCAAUGUAUCCCAAUGAAGUCACCCUCUCUGUCAAGGAGAGUGGUUGUAGGCUCUCCAAAGGAUGGCAUAAUUUUGUGGAGGACAACGGGUUAAGGCUUGGGGAUAAGGUUGUGCUUACCUUCAUUG